GUGGAGAGCAUUGCUCCGUGGUGUUUGUCUGGGAAGAGUGGAGCAGCAAAACUGCUCCAGAGCCGUGUGGGGAAAUAAAAGAGGAAUAAGCAUCACUAUAGCACUAACCCCGCCGUGUGAGACUGGGACCGAACCUGAUGGAGGAAGCUCCUCGGGGAGACCUUUCCUAGACCGCCUUGUAGGUUCCCCUGUCGGUUCACACUUUUAAUGACCGAGCAGGGAUGGGACCCAUGACUGGAGGGGGAGCGGGCAGAGACUGCGACAUCAGAGGGACUUCCAGGUCAACAGAUAAAUAACCUUUUAACAACAUUCAGCCCAGGAAAUGCUGUGGCUUAAUUAAAGUGUUCUCUUUAAUAUUUAAGAGACUGCGGUUUGGGAAAGGGCCGUGUCAUGUAGGGCAGGAAUGAGUUAGUUUGUUGCUCAUAUCAAACCCUCUCUCCUUGUGUGACCGUCUACAAUACCUUAUAUUUUCUCUUUAAGCUUUUCCAACCCUUCGGAGGCCUCCUGGUUUUGUCUUUUCAGACCUGAGUACAACAGACACAAACUGUAAUAUUUGAUGAAUUGUGCCCUCCCGUGGUAAAGAAGAACCACAGUCUGUAGAGCCAUAGUUGAGUUGUUUUUGCCCCUUUUCAGAUUAGUAAAACUGCUGCUCUUUAUUUUGUUAUGAGGGAAGACAACCGUCCAGCUGAAGCAUCACAUGUUGUCACUUUUGACACUUUGUUUUGUUUUUUCUUGAAAAACUUUUCAACCUCUCAGUAAUCUAAGUGCUGAGAGUUAGGGCCUUUGUAGACCUCCUCCUCCCAUCUGUCCCUCUUCAUUAGGAUAAGAGCCACAGUGGAGGUAUGGAGGACCAGGUCCGCCUGAUGUCGGCUCAUAUUGGAGUAACUGGACUGUCUCAGGAGGACGCAGGUGAUCCUGACGACAUAAGGAAACAUCAUAACUUCGGCCAGCCGCAGCAGCACAUUGGUGACAUCCUCCAGCAGAUCAUGGCCAUCACAGAGGAGAGGCUGGACGAGGCCCAGGCCAGGAAACACGCUCUAAACUACCACAGAAUGAAACCAGCCCUCUUCAGUGUCCUGUGUGAGAUGAAAGAAAGGACAGCCCUGAGUAUCCGAGGCGUCCAAGAAGAGGAGCCUCCAGACCCUCAGAUCAUGCGACUGGACAACAUGCUGUUAGCGGAGGGGGUUGCGGGUCCUGAGAGGGGCGGGGCCUCUGCAGCGGCAGCAGCUGUUGCAGCAGCGGCUGGAGGAUCGCCUGAUGAUGGAUGCUUUGAAGACGCAGACUACAGAGAGAAGCUUGCUCAGAUACGACAGAUCUACCACACUGAGCUGGAGAAAUAUGAACAGGCCUGCAGUGAAUUCACCAACCAUGUGACGAACCUGCUGAGGGAACAGUCCCGCACACGACCCACCUCACCCAAAGAGAACGAGCGACUGGUGGAAAUCAUCCUCCGCAAGUUCAGCGCUAUCCAGAUGCAGUUAAAGCAGAGCACAUGUGAAGCUGUCAUGAUCCUCCGCUCCAGGUUCCUGGAUGCCAGGCGGAAACGGAGAAACUUCAGCAAGCAGGCGAUAGAGAUUUUAAAUGAAUAUUUUUACUCCCACCUGGCAAACCCCUACCCCAGUGAGAAGGCCAAGGAGGAGCUGGCCAAGAAGUGCUCCAUCACUGUUUCUCAGGUGGCCAACUGGUUCGGAAACAAGAGGAUUCGGUACAAGAAGAACAUCCUAAAGUUCCAGGAGGAGGCUAAUCUGUAUGUCAUGAAAACCGCUGUGGACGCUGCUAGUGUUUCUUCACAGACUAGCCAAGCCACCUCCUCAGCCACACCAAACUCAGCCUUUGAGGAACCAUCUUCUCACUUUCUCCAUGUUGCUGGUGGCUGGCAGGACAGUGAUGAUCCCUCCUCUCACCUCCCCUCACCCGAGCACCAGGCAGGUUGUGCUGUCACCUCCACCUGAUGUUGUGCUGUCCCCUCCCUACUCCUCAUCCUGCUCCUCGAUCUAAUACAAACUCCGACUGUAGGCUGACCUCCAGCCGAGCCAUAAUCAGACUCUCCAACUCUUUUUUAAACAUUGUUUUUUUGGUGCUGAUCCUAUCUUCUGCCUCUCUCUACGAGUUUUUCACCCUUUCACAUUUAAACAAAUAAUAAUACAUCAUAAUUACUCGUCACAUUUUUAUUCUCAUUAAAAAAUAGGUCACUGAUGACAACAAUUUUUUUCUAAAAAAAUACUGCUUCACUAUUAAGGGUUGUAGACUAUGUAGUCAUGUUUAGAUGUUGAAUUAGGAUAGUCUUUUUUUCUUUUUCUUUUUUUUCUUUUAUUCCUUUUUUACAUUUUUUUAUAAGAAAAAUGUUGUGAUAGAAAAUGUAUAAGCGCAGCGCAACAACCAAACCAAUGAAUAAACACAUUGUCACUUAUUACA